GCGCGGGUGAUUCAAAUUGAAAAUAACGGUCAGGGGACGGGACCUAGGCGCGCAAGCGCACUGUAACUAACAUGGCAGCUGCGGCUGGGCAGCUGACAAUGGCGGACAAGGGGAAAUCUGGAUUGACGGUUGAGGAGUUCCCGGGGCUCGGACCGGUAGAGGGAAGCAGGGAAAACAGCUCAGAUCGGGGAGGUGAUGAGUUGCCGGUCCUAUUUCCCGGACCGGUGAGUGCGGAUAGCUGCUGCCGACUGGUGUGUGAGCUCCUGAAACAUGUCCUGUACCAGAGGCAGCAGUUACCACUCCCUUAUCAGCAACUGGCUUUCUUCAGUAGGACUGACUCUGGCCUGGCAGACAAUUCCAUGUUGUCACAUUCAAGGAAAAAUGAACAGAAUAACUGCAAGAAGUUUCAGAAGGUACUGUCUGAGCUCGAUGAGAUUUUCCAGAAUUUGGAGGCACUGUUCAUGCUGACACUGGUUCCUUGUGUGCACAUUCUGUUGGGUGGAAAUAUUGUUAACCCAAAGGAAAUGUAUGAGAUUAACAUGGAGCGGAUUGUCUUUGGCAGCACUGAGGAGAGCUUGAAAACAGUCUCUUGCAUCCGAAAACUUUUCCACACACUGUUUGUCAAGGACAUCUUCAAUGAAUUGAAAUCCAUUCCUCUGAUGAACACUGUGCUACUUGUCCAAGGUCACAGAGAUUGUGGAGUUCAGUGGUUCCGACCCAAACUUAACUACAGAAUUCCAAACCGCACCAGGAAGCUGGUUAUUAACCUCACAUGUGAUACUGUGAACUUUACAUCAACUCAGCAGACAAGACGUUAUAACCAUGAUGACUAUAUCUGGUUUCAAGCACCUAUAACAAUCAAGGGAUUUCAUUAAUUACCAUAAAAAUCUUUUCAAUAAUAGGUGUAUCUUUCUGCAACAUAUAGGUGAUGCUUUUUAAAUUAUAAUAGGCUUUUUGAAGUUUUGCCCUUAUGUCAAGUUAGAGGAAGAAUAGUACUGUAAGUUUAUCUCAAUUGGACCUCUCUGGGUGACCCUUCCCAUUGGAAGAAGAUAUUAAUCAUGCUAAAUAUUAGAGGUAAGAAUCUAGUAACACAUCAAACUGCUAAGUUGAAUCAGAAAAUGAGGUAAUUGGUUUUAAGUGGUAGAUAUAACUAACUAAGUUGUAUUGUUCAAUAAAGGUAAAGUUGUCCAAGUCUUAUUGGAUGAAAGAGCUGCUUUCUCAUUACAGAGAGAUGACUGAUGGUGGUUUAACCUGAAGGUUACCAUUGCUUCGAGCAAGGGGAGAGGUUGAGAAGGGGAGUCCUUUAUGGUAACCUUUGCUGAUGCAGGAAUUGAGCCCAUACUGUUCCUAUCACUCUGCAUUGCCAACCAGCCAUCCAGCAAACUGAGCUAACAUUGGCAAUUAUGGAACUGAUUGAUAAACAGAAGGGGUCAGAAUAUCUGAUUUGUUUGUUUUUUGCAUUCUUGAGCUAAAGUUGGGAAUAAGCUUGAGUUUCUAUUCUUGAAAGUGAUCCAGUGAAAAGGAUUAGGCUCUGCUUUGAACCAUUGCACACUUGACCUGUCCAGGUUGGUGCAGCGUGAGGGUAUUUGAUCAAGGUCCACAAUAGUAACUGAGUCUCUAGAAGAUAGGUGGAGUAGGCCAUGUGAACUAUCCAACCCCUUCCACCAUUUAAUAAGACCUUGACUAAACAGUUUUACAACUCCUGAUUCCUUCUUAUCUCCAAAUUUCUUGAUUCAAUUAUGCUGUUGAGGCCAUCAGUUUUUGUUUUCCCAUGUUUGGUUGGAGUGGAGAGUUACAAUUGAGAAUUAAACUUCAGUUUGCAUUGUUUUUAAAAAAAGGAAAGAACAAAAGACUGUUUUCUAUUGGAAAUUGGCCUGGAAAAAUAUGCAGAUUAAGUACUGCUUUGAGAACACUUAUAGACGAACUCGCACCAAGAUGUUAUGCUUCGGGACCGGCAGCGAGUUGAAUGUUGAAUUGGUCAAUCGAGGGAGAACUGGUGUUGGGCAGCUAACUGCUCGGGAGGUUGAAAAAGAAAGAGAAAGCAA